CGGGAAACAAAAAAAAAAGCGAAAAGUUUAUUCAAAAUUUCUUUAAAUAUUAAAUAUAUAUAUUCUUUGACUAUUUGUUUGGACGAUCUGAGCCGUAGCAAAUAAUGCUUCGGCUUAGAUCGGGAUUGCGCUUGCUGGAGGCAUCGGUGCGUAAUCAUAUAACCAGGACAUAUGGGCUUGCAUCGGCGAUGCCCAUCGUUGAGGCGGUAAAUGAUGAUGUGGAUGUGGUUUACUGCAAGGACGAGGAUGCACGGAGGGACAAGCCGGUGAAGCCCGCGAAAGCUGCGAAGGCUGCGUCGAAUGGCGACAAACAGGGCGGUAAGCCACCUGCCAAGCAGCCCAACAAACCGAAUGGUGGCAAGGAGGUGGCCGCCAAAAAGGGCGCAGCGGAAAAGGCAAAGCCGAAGCCCAAGCCGAAGGAGGAACGCAUGAAAACCUUUGAAAUAUAUCGCUGGAAGCCCGGCGAUGAGCCCAAAAUGCAGAAAUACAAGCUGGACUUGAACAAGUGCGGCGCCAUGGUACUGGAUGCCCUGAUCAAGAUCAAAAACGAAAUGGACGCAACGCUCACGUUUCGCCGUUCCUGCCGUGAGGGCAUCUGCGGCUCCUGUGCCAUGAACAUCGAUGGCAUCAACACGCUGGCCUGCAUCCAGGCCAUUGACACGAAUGUGGGCAGGCCGUGCAAGAUCUAUCCGCUGCCGCAUCUGUAUGUGAAGCGUGAUCUGGUGCCGGAUAUGUCGCAGUUUUACGAUCAGUAUCGCUCCAUCGAGCCCUGGCUGCAGCGCAAGGACUUGAACAGGGAAAUGGGCAAGGCGCAGUACCUGCAAUCGUUGGAAGAUCGCAAUCGUCUGGACGGGCUGUACGAGUGCAUAUUGUGCGCCUGCUGCCAGACCGCGUGCCCAUCGUACUGGUGGAAUAGCGAAAAGUAUUUGGGUCCGGCUGUGCUGAUGCAAGCAUAUCGCUGGGUAAUCGAUUCCCGCGACGAGGCCACCGAGCAUCGUCUGUGCCAGCUGAUGGAUCCGUGGAAGCUCUAUCGCUGUCACACCAUACUCAACUGCACCAAUACGUGCCCCAAGAACUUGAAUCCGGCCAUGGCCAUUAUGCAGUUGAAACAAUUGCUGGCUGGCAUGAAGAACAAACCAAAACCAAAGCUCCAGACCGAUCUAUUGUUCCAGAAUCAAAUGUAGUGCUUGCAAAAUUUUUAAUAUUGAUAUCCUUUUUAUUAUUUUGAUAUUCACUCUUCGAAUAUCUUUUCGCACACGCACUAACGCAAUGGGGGAUGCGUCUUUAAUUGGACAUAUAACGCCUCAGGGACUUGUUGCGACUAAUCACAUUCGUAUGCAACACACUUCAUACAAAACCCAAAUAUGACACGCCCAACUGAUCUGUAUACAAAUGAUACUCAACUCUUUAACAAUCAUAUCCUCACCAUAUAUGAAUAUGUAUAACAACAACAAAAUGUACAAUAACUAUGCAUAUUUGACAAAUAGCAAGAGCUCUUCGCAGAUCGAAAGGGUUCAUUGGCUAAACGUGAUCAAAAAGUUGUACUGUUUAAUUUCAUAAUGUACAUGAUGAUAAAACUGAAUAAUAAUAAAAGUAAU